CCGGGUUGACCCGUCACCAUGCAGCGGAGAUCCAGGGGAGUCAACGCCGGACUGAUUAUGCUCCUCUCUCAGAUCUUCCACGUGGGGGUCAACAAUAUCCCACCCGUUACCCUGGCGACCUUGGCUCUCAACAUCUGGCUCUUCCUGAGCCCGCUGAAGCCCCUGUACAGCUCUUGCCUGAGCGUGGAGCAGUGCUACCAGCACCGAGACUGGCAGCGCCUGCUGCUCUCGCCCUUGCACCAUGCCGACGACUGGCACCUCUACUUCAACAUGGUGUCCAUGCUGUGGAAAGGCAUCAACCUGGAGAAGAGACUGGGCAGCCGGUGGUUUGCCUGCGUCCUCGCCACCUUCUCCGUGCUCACGGGGCUGGUGUACCUGGUGUUGGAAUUUGCCCUCGCCGAGUUCCUGGACGAGCCCGACUUCAGAAGGAACUGUGCCGUGGGCUUCUCAGGAGUCCUGUUUGCUUUGAAAGUUCUGAACAACCAUUACUGCCCUGGAGGCUUUGUCAACGUUUUGGGCUUUCCCGUACCCAACAGAUUUGCUUGUUGGGCAGAGCUUGUGGCUAUUCACUUCUUCACGCCAGGGACUUCCUUCGCCGGGCAUCUGGCUGGAAUUCUUGUUGGACUAAUGUACGUUCAUGGACCUUUGAAGAAAAUUAUGGAAGCCUGUGCAGGCAUUUUUUCCUCCAACAUUGGCUACCCACGACAGCAAUACCACCACUUUAGUAGUGCAGGCUACUCUGGCUACCAGGAUGCCUACCACAACGGCAGACCAGGCUACCGUGAAGACGCGCCCAGGAACUACGACGCGUACACCGCAGGCCUGAGCGAAGAGGAGCAGCUGGAGCAAGCACUGCGGGCCAGCCUCUGGGACCAAGGGAGCGCCCGCAGUCCCCCGCCCUACGGCUUCCGGAACCUGGCGGGCCACGAGGAGCUGCGGAGGCAGCGGCUGCACCGCUUCGACAGCCAGUGAGCGCCCGGCCCGGCCCGCCCGCAGUCCAGCCUGGACCCAAGCACCCGGCCCGGCCCGCCCGCCGUCCAGCCUGGACCCAAGCACCCGGCCCGGCCCGCCCGCCGUCCAGCCUGACCCACGCGUCCGACCAGGCCCGCCGUCCAGCCUGACCCAAGCGCCCGGCCUGGCCCGCCGGACACGAGCCCGGACCCCGCCCGGACACGGCCCACCCCUGCACACAGCUCGCCCCUGCCCUGCCCUGCCCUGCCCGGACUUCCGGGGGGACCCUCGACAGGGCGCACCCACCCCUCCACCCGACAGCUCCGCUCCCACCCCCCACCCCGCCACCCCAGACCGGGCUGCCCACCUCCCUGCAGCGCCCCCGCCGCACCUGGCACGGAGAGGGGCGCCGUGGGCCGGGGCAGGAGGUGGCAGGGGGCCGGCGCGCCCCGCCCUCCCGCACCCGCUGCCCUGGGAUGCCUUGACCCUUCCCGAGAGUGUGACCCGGGCCAGGGCGCAGGCCACGGCCACGCACCCGCGGGAGGGCGCCACGCACCCGCGGGAGGGCGCCACGUCCGAGUCUGCGCCGGGCCCGGGUCUGCGCCCGGUGUGCCAGAUACGAACCUGCGCCAGGCCCGAGUCUGCACCCGGUGUGCCAGAUACGAACCUGUGCCGGGGCCGUGGCUGCGUCAGGUGCGCGUCUGCAUCGGGCUCGUGUCCGCGUCCAGCCCGUGUCUGCACCAGAUCCGUGAGACAUGAGCCUGCGGCAGGUACGCACCCGGUCCGUGAGGUAGGAUCCCGCGUCAGAGGCGCUCCUGUCCACGUCACGUGCGUUUGCUACGAGCCCGCGUCGGGCACCGUCUGCGCCCGUUGCGUGCCCCCGUCAGAUACGUCGCCUGGCUCCGGACUCCCAGGGCCACCGAGGGGGGAGCCAAGGCGGCCAGUGAUCGGGUCGCCCCCUCGAGAUGACGUCAUAGCCUCCCCCCCCCCCCAUGAAAGUGCCUUGGCUUGGCCGCAGACGCCGCUGUUCGCCCACCUGCCCACGGCGUUGCCCCCGCCGCGCUGCCCACGCCCGCACACUGCCCAUGCCCCAGGUGGGGAUUUCGGUGCUCGGGUUUGGAGCAUAAGGAGACCAAAGACACCCUCCCCCCUCCCCAAAGCUGUGCCACCCCGAGAGAUUUAUUUUUAGAGUGUCAGGAGCAGAGUGGGCCUUCCCACUUUGACUUCGCAUUUAUCUGUCAUUUUCUAAUUAUGAGAGUAAUAUAUAGGCCUGCGCCCUGCCUCGGCAACCAAGCGGGGGCGGGAGCGCAUUUGUGGGUUUGUUUGUUUUUUUGGGGGGGGUUGUUUGCUUGUUUGUUUGUUCUCUGGGAGGUUUAUCUUUGUGGGUGACGCACUUGGGGUGUUUGCCUUUUAUUGUUCGGGGAUUGGUUGGGUUUGGGGUUUUUUUUUUUGCAGUUUUAUAUUGUAAAAAUGUGUGUGUAUGUAUUUUCAACAGUCAAGAAGAUCAAUUUGUACAGCAGUCAAGAUUGUGUUCUAGGAAAAAAUGGACUGGAGUCCAUGUCUACUGAAAAUAUAUAUUUAAGAAGCAGAAUCCAAAUAAAUGCAUAUGCCUUUGA